CUUCCUUUGCCAACAUUUUCUUCAACUCAACAGUCGGGGUAUGGGAUUUCCCAGGCUCGCUUUAUAGCGAUCCUCGUCUGUGUGUCAUCAUCUAUAUAAACGCUCAACCGUAGGUAGUUAAUUCUACCAUCCGGCCGGAUAGCCCUGGCAGCUGUGGCCAUUAAACUAAUAUACUACUGUAACCAAAUUUUUAACCGUUAAAUUUUGAAAAAAUAAACAAACGGAAAAUUGGAGAUAUUAUGUCGGAAAGUUUUAACAACAUUGAGUCCAAAUUGGAAAAACUAGGCAAAAUCGACGAAAAUCAGGAACGUCGCAGAUCGUUCUUCCAGAAUCCCAAUCAGACGACGGCAGAAAAAAAGAAAAAUUGUGCUUUCGAAGACGAAUGGAACAGGCGAUGGGGACACCAUAAUUUAGAUUAUGUGAACGUCAUAGAAUAUCCUAAGGAAUACGUAGAGCAACUUAAGAAAGAUAGAGAAACCAGAUUGGCUAGUUUGAAGAAAAUGUGUGAAAGUUCACGUUCAGUCCAAGAAGAAGCAUCCAGUUCCACUUUGGUAGUGACUGAAGAUAUGUUGAAUGCAGAGCAAAAGCGCCUUUUGCAGAUUAUCGAUUCAAAAAUUAAUAAAUAUGUCAAAGAUGCCACCGCACUUAUAAACAAGAUGGAAGUGAUUAAAAAAACAGAAAAUGUAGUGUUUGAAAAGCAUGAAAAUGGAGCAAAACAUGUUGAAAAUGUUAACUUAUAAAGUAUUUAUUUGUAUAUUAAUUUCUGUACAUUUUUUUCUAUUACAUUUGGACAAAAUAAAAUGAAUU